AUGCUCGCACUCCUACACCUUCUCUGCCUCCCCUUGCUCUCAUACGCACUCUCCAAUGACGCUAUGCGCCAGCGCCGGGUGUACCAACUCGUCACCGACCGCUUUGCCUCGCCGUCCAAUUCCUCCUCGGCCCCAUGUAACGUCGCGUCCGCGCCGUACUGCGGGGGCACAUACAAGGGGAUCGUCGGCAAGCUGGACUAUAUCAAGGGGAUGGGAUUUGAUACAGUCUGGAUAUCGCCGGUGGUUUCGAAUAUCGGGGGGACGACGGGUCACGGGCAGGCGUAUCAUGGGUACUGGACUUUGGACCCUGCGAAGCUUAAUGACAACUUCGGGACGGCAGAUGACCUCAAGGCGCUGAGCGCUGCGUUGCACGCGAAGGGGAUGUACCUCAUGGUCGACAUUGUCGUGAACCACGUCGCCGCCACCUCCGGCUCCUCCUUCUCCCCCUCAUCAUCUUAUGGCCAAUUCUCAACUGCCGCCUCCUACCACCCCUUCUGCUGGAUCACCGACUACACCAAUCAGACCCAAGUCGAGCAGUGCUGGCUCGGUGACGACCAAGUCGCGCUCCCUGACCUCAAUACCGACUCCUCCACCGUCAGCGCCUACUGGAACGCCUGGAUCAAAAAGCUCGUUUCCGACUACUCGAUCGAUCUCAUCCGGAUCGAUACCGUCAAGCACGUCGCGCAGUCAUUCUGGCCCUCCUUCCUCGCUUCUGCUGGCGUAGGGAACGUCGGCGAGGUCCUCGAUGGUAGUCCAAGCUAUGUGGGCGCGUACCAGAAAUCGGCGCAGAUCAACCCGUUCAACUACCCCAUCUACUACCCGCUCGUCCGCGCCUUCAACGGGACGGGAGGUAAUAUGACGGAAUUGAUCAAUAUGUCGGGAAGCGUCAAGUCGAGCUUCAGCGACCCGACGCUGCUCGGUGGCUUCUUGAACAACCACGACAACCCACGGUUCGAGUCUUGGGUGUCGGACGCGGCGCUCAUCAAGAACGCCCACGCCUACUCGUUUGUCUCGGACAGCGUGCCAUACCUGUACUACGGUUCCGAGGCUGGUUUCAAGGGUGGUGCCGACCCGCUCAACCGCGAACCCCUCUGGACUUCCAACUUCAACACCGGCUCCGACUUGUACAAGUUCUUCGCUUCUCUCAACGCUGCUCGUGCCGCAGCUGGAAACGCCAGCACCAGCUUCUACACCACUCAGAUGACCCUCACCUCUCUCUCCGCCAAAGACCUCCUCAUCGCCAAGGGCCCCCUUCUGUCCGUCCUGACCAGCCGCGGCGCGUCCGGAGCUUCCAACAGUAUCAACAUCCCCCAGACCUCUUCUGGCUGGGGCAACAACGUGGCCAUCACCGACGCCCUGACCUGCGCGCAGUUCAACACCGCCUCGAACGGCGCGCUGUCAGUACCUAUCGAAGGGGGCAUGCCGCGGGUUUUGAUCGAGACGAGCAAGCGGGGCAGCUUGUGCUCGAAUUCCACGAGCACAAACACUUCGACAGGUGGCAAGAGCGCGGCGGGGCGGAGAGGGGUAGUGGAUGGGAUGUUGGCGCUGAGUGCGGGUGCGGUAGCUCUGCUGGGCGGGGCGAUGAUGCUGUGA